AUGAGCCAACAAAAGAAAAAACCGUAUGUCUUUAAGUCAUAUUUCGCGUGGGCAUCAGAACGCGACGUUGUCCCGUCUUUGUCAGAAUUUGUUCAGUUGAAUACUGACUUCGUAGCCAGAUCAUCUACUCAAACGAGUGACCUUCAGGGACUGGAGGGUGCAUGGGCAAAGCGUUUCGAUUUAACUGCAAAAAUAUUGAUACUAAGGAAACUUCAAUCGGGUUUACUGAUUGCGGUUUUACAUUCCCAACAUUGCGAACAUAGUAGUGUUGUCGGGGGCUUCAGUCUGGGUUUACUGGCUGCGGUUUUACUACUCCCAACACUUUACAUCUCUCAUCCCCAUCAUUGUGCAUUCCUCAUUCCUAUCACUAUGCAUCUUGUCUUCUGCCUUGAUAAGUCUAAUAGUUUUCAAAAUUAUGAAAUACAGGUGGAUAUUGACAAUGCCGAUUGGUCUUGUAUCAUCGAAAAAUGGCAUAUGAUCCAAAUUUCAGAAAAUCGCCGCGAAAAAACCUACACUAUGUAUUCAAACGAGAAUGAAUACAUCGGGAAUAAGUUGUUGGAAGAUCAGAAAAAAUCGGAACUGAACACUCGCCUUACAAAACGAUUUUUGGAGUGUGCGAAAGGAAGCCCUCCAAAACGCGUGGCAAAGGAAGCAAUAAACGAUUCUCCCAACAAUCCUUUUACUGUAUCUGGAAUACCUGGUGAGAGUAACUCGAAUGAUUCUGGAACACCCGAUGAAAGGAAGGCCAAUCAUAGUUAUGAUUGGUUCACUGGACCAGGCAUUAAGAAGUCUGAAUUAAGUGAGGGCGCGAAAAAGUGGGUUAUCGGCACGCUUGACGUUUCGAAUUUAUUGUUAGAAUAUCGGGAUAUGUCCAUCCAAAAGGCAUCUGAUAAUAAAAUUGAUGAGAUUGCCGAAAUACUUUCCUUGAAUCAUAUAUUUUUGUUUGAACAAAAUGUAUCAAGUGGAAUUUCUUUAAUGAUCGAACCAGAAUCAUUAAAAAUUAUUUCCGAUAACAUUAAAAAUGAAUUUACACCCUAUCAAAUGUCUGAUGAUGAUAUUCUGCGAUGUUAUAAAAUGGCAAAGACCGCAAGUGAAGAUUUUGAAAAAUGCAAGUCGUUAUUAAGAAAAUGGCAAAAAGAACUAGAUGAUGAUCAAGAAGAUCUAAUUCUAGAAAUAUUUGAAUCAAUGCAAGUAUUUGCAAAGAUUGAAAAUGACACUUUUGUUCACGAAGUAUUUGAACCCGUGAUUAAAACUUUUUUCCGCAACAUUAAUUUUAAAUGUGAAUGGUCAACUGACGUUCUGGAGGCAUCCGCACAUCGGAAGCGUAAAUUUGACCCUUCAUUACAGGGAAGAAAAGCUGAUUUUUCAGUAUAUAUGCCCAUUAAAGACUGUGAUCUUGUGAAACUAGGCAACGAAAUGAAGGAUAUAUUGGAUAAAUGUAUUGAUAAUGGAGUUGGAAAUAAAAAUAUGACUAUAUGCGGUUUCCAAUGCCGGCUAUUUGCCAUGGAUUUAAAAUACGAAGCAAUAUACCGGAUGAUCCUUUUAGGAAAAUUCUAUCUCCCUCGGGAUAAUUCGGAUCUUGGCGUCCUUCCCACUUCAAUCGAACGCCUUAUGCAAAUAAAAACUAUAAUGACCUGUUCCACCGAAAUCUGCAGAAAAGAUAUUCAAAACCUAUCUAAACGUAAAACAAGUCAAAGAAAUGUGAUUUUACAUAAUGAAAUGACGCGACCAUCUUUCCAUACGCCAAUAAAG